GGGACUCUUAUUUUAAAAUGUAGUCUCUCUAAUCUGAUAGGGAAAUAAAUAGUGAACUGUUGACAUGUCGGAGAGACUGACAUUACCAGUGUAAAUAUGAAGUAGUUUUAGAGAGGCGAGAUUCUCCAGCCUUCGCUGAGUUAGGUCUAAAUCACGGUUCCGGCCGAGGAUCUCUUUAAGAUGGCAGAUGUUAAAAGAUUAUUGGCGACCCUCAGAAGAGGGUUUAGGAUUGACGUGCUUAUGGAAGUUGCCAGGCAGUAUCCUUUUAUAUGCUUUUUGCUGAUGUCCAUGCUGUCAUCAACCAUAAUCCUCACCAGGUAUCUACAUAUUCUGAUGAUUUUUUGGUCUUUCUUUGCUGGAGCAGUUACCUUCUACUGUUCACUAAGUCCAAACUACCUCGUACCAAAUGUCUUCUUUUCUAUAAAGCCCAAAGAUAAACGACAGGAACAGCAGGAGCUCUUCCCGCAGGGCCACAGUUGUGCGGUUUGUGGAAAAAACAAGUGCACUCGACACAGACCAACACUUCUUUUGGAAAACUACCAGCCGUGGUUGGGUUUGAAAGUUCACUCGAAGGUGGAUUCAUCCGUUGGAGAGGUGUUUGAGUUAAUUCUGGAGAACUUUGUAUAUCCUUGGUACAGGGAUAUUACUGAUGAUGAGGCUUGUGUGGACGAACUGAGGCAGACAUUCCGUUUCUUUGCUUCAGUUUUGGUUCGACGAGCCCAGAAAGUGGACGUACCAUCAGUAGCCACAGGUAAAAUGAUGAAGGCAGCUAUGAAGCACAUAGAGAUUUUUGCCAAAGCACAGCAGAAAGUUAAGAACUCUGAGAACCUGCAGCAGGCUGCUCUGGAGGAGUAUGGUGCAGAUCUGCACGUUGCUUUGCGCAGCCGUAAAGAUGAGCUGCUGUAUCUGAGGAAACUCACAGAAAUGCUCUUCCCUUACGUCGUGCCUCCUAAAGCCACAGACUGCAGGUCGCUGGCCCUGCUGAUUCGAGAGGUCAUGACUGGCUCAGUGUUUCUUCCAACCAUGGACUUCAUGGCAGAACCUGACACAGUAAACCACAUGGUGCUUAUAUUCAUUGAUGACACUCCUCCUGAGGCAGCAACUGAGCCUCCGUCUGCACCGGUGCCCUUCCUGCAGAAAUAUGCUGAUUCGCGGAACAAGAAUCCCUCUGUGUUAAAGCUGGACCUGAAGGAGAUCCGCGAUCAACAGGACCUUUUGUUCCGCUUUAUGAGUUUCCUGAAACAGGAGGGUGCUGUGCAUGUGCUGCAGUUCUGCCUCACUGUGGAGGAGUUCAAUGAUAGAAUCCUGUGUCCUGAGCUGAGUGACGUUGAGAUGGAACAGUUGCAUGGUGAGGUACAGAAGAUCUAUGAGACAUAUUGUCUGGAUGAGAGCAUUGACAAGAUCAGCUUUGACCCCUUCAUCAUUGAGGAGAUCCGUAACAUUGCAGAGGGUCCAUACACAGGCGUGGUGAAGCUGCAGAAGAUGCGAUGUCUCUUUGAGGCCUAUGAGCAUGUCCUGUCCCUGCUGGAGAAUGUCUUCACCCCUAUGUUCUGCCACAGCGAUGAGUAUUUCAGAUACCUGCUGUGCGGGGUGGAAUCUCCUGCCAGGAAUGCUAAACUUAAUCGGAAUUUGAGUUUGGAUGACUUAAGGAACACAUCUAAGCGAGGAGAGACGUUUGGGAUCAGCCGUAUUGGAAGCAAACUAAAGGGAGUAUUCAGAAGUACCACUAUGGAAGGAGCGAUGCCGCCCAGCUACGCCAUGGUUGAGGAUGGAGAGGAUGUGGUGGAGGAAGCAACUAUGGUAGUAGAGGAUGAAUCUCCUGUCCCAGUUGAGAUAACAAGCACUCCAGGAACACAGAGGGACCUUUCAGCAUGGACCAUUUCCAUUCCCUUUGUGGAUUUUUAUGAAGAUGAGGCUAAGAGAGAGCGUAUUCCUGUUUUCUGGAUUGACGUGGAGCGCCACGACCGCCAGCAAGUGGGCCAUGAGGAAGAAAGCUGGUCGGUGUGCAGAAGAUACCUGGAGUUUUAUGUCCUUGAGUCCAAACUCACAGAAUUCCAUGGUUCAUUCCCAGAUGCUCAGCUCCCUUCUAAAAGGAUUAUCGGGCCAAAGAAUUAUGAAUUUCUAUCCUCCAAGCGUGGAGAGUUUGAGGAGUACCUACAGAACUUGCUGCGACAUCCUGAACUAAGUAAUAGUCAACUGCUGGCUGACUUCCUCUCUCCACACAGCAUGGAGACACAGUUUCUAGACAAGAUGCUGCCUGAUGUUAAUCUGGGAAGGAUUUUCAAGUCUGUACCUGGAAAACUUAUGAAGGAGAAAGGGCAGAACCUGGAGCCGUUCCUCCAGUCCUUCUUCAGCUCAUGUGAGUCUCCUAAACCUAAACCCAGCCGUAACGAGCUCACAGUCCUCAGUCCCUCAUCCAGAAACAAGAAGCUGUUCAGUGAUCUUUACAAAAAUAACGCUGACCAGUUGGAAAUCGCUGACAAGAAACACAACCAGAACUACUUCUUGGAGGUGUUGGAUCUGGAGGGGGUGUAUGACUACAUGAUGUAUGUGGGUCGUGUGGUGUUCCGAAUGCCUGAUUGGCUGCACCAUAUGUUGAGUGGAGGCAGGAUUCUGUUUAAGAGAACGCUGGAGGCAUACAUGCAACAAUACCUUCAGUCCAAACUAGACAACAUCCUACAAGAGCACCGCCUCGUCUCUCUCAUCACUCUGCUCAGAGAUGCCGUGUUUUGUGAGAACAAUGAAGAACGUUCCCCCGAGGACAAACAGAGAAGAGCCAAACAGACCUUUGAAGAGAUGAUGAACUACCUGCCAGAUAUUGUUGGAAAGUGUAUAGGAGAGGAGAACAAAUAUGAGGGGAUCCAGUUACUCUUCAACUGCAUACAGCAGCCACUCCUCAACAAACAGAUGACCUAUGUACUGCUGGAUAUUGCAGUUCAGGAGCUGUUUCCAGAGCUUCGUUCUAGUAAGAAAGAAGACCUUACCACUAGAAUGAUGUAAAAAUAUAGACUGCGCUCCUGAUCUCUAUGACAACAUACUGACAUUCCAAUGUUUAUUAUUGCACUACUGAAAUAAAAAAAUAAAAUAUAUUUAUUAA